AUGUUUGAAAUGUUGGGCAAUUGGUCAUUUGGUGAUUACUUCAAAAAAGAGGCUAUUCAGAUGGCCUGGGUAUUGCUUACCGAGGUAUAUGGUCUUGAAAAGGACCAGCUUUAUGUCACUUACUUUGGUGGCCAUGAAGAAUCUGGCUUAGGACCUGAUUUGGAAGCUCGUCAACUUUGGCUUGACAUUGGUUUCCAUGAGUCUCGUGUACUUCCUGGAGACCUCAAAGAUAAUUUCUGGGAAAUGGGUGAUCAAGGCCCUUGCGGUCCUUGCUCAGAAAUUCACUAUGAUCGUAUUGGUAACCGCUCCGUUCCUGAACUCGUCAACAUGGAUGAUCCCAAUGUUCUCGAAAUUUGGAACAUUGUCUUUAUUCAAUACAACCGUGAAAAAGACGGCACUCUUCGCCCCCUCCCUAACCGUCACGUUGAUACUGGUAUGGGUUUCGAGCGUCUAGUAUCUGUCAUUCAAAACAAGACGUCUAACUACGAUACCGACGUGUUUACUCCUCUCUUCGAAAAGAUUCAAGAGCUUACCGGUGCUCGUCCUUAUACUGGAAAAAUGGGCGAUGAGGACGCGGAUGGUAUCGAUACUGCUUAUCGUGUUGUUGCUGACCACGUUCGUACCUUGACUUUUGCUAUAAGCGAUGGCGGUGUCCCUAAUAACGAAGGACGUGGUUACGUCUUGCGUCGUAUCUUGAGACGUGGUGCUCGCUAUGUCCGUAAGAAGUUUGGUGUACCUAUUGGAAGCUUUUUCUCCCAACUCUCUCUUACGGUCGUCGAACAGAUGGGAGAAUUCUUCCCAGAGCUUCACAGAAAGGUUGCAGAUGUACGUGAAUUAUUGGACGAAGAAGAAGUUUCCUUUUCCAAAACUUUAGAUCGAGGUGAAAAAAUGUUUGAGCAAUAUGCAGCUAUCGCCAAAAAGUCUUCUAGCAACGUUUUGCAAGGAAAUGAUGUCUGGCGGCUUUAUGAAACCUAUGGCUUUCCCGUCGAUCUUACUCAUUUGAUGGCUGAGGAAGCCGGUAUUAAGAUUGACGAACCUGGUUUUGAAGCUGCUCAAGCACAUUCGAAGGAAAUGAGUAAGCGUGCUACUAAGAGUGGCUCCUCUGGCGGUGAAUUGCUAGUUUUGGACGUUCAUGCCUUGGGCGAUCUAGCAAAAAUGGAUGCAGUCCCCAAGACUAAUGAUAGCUACAAACACGAUGAUGCUACUUUAGAUUCUACCGUGAAAGCUAUUUAUCAUAGAGAUGGCUUCCAAACUGCCACUAACGGUUUCGAAUCUGGUGAGCAAAUUGGAAUCUUGCUUGAUCGUACAAACUUUUACGCUGAACAAGGUGGUCAAGAGAACGACACCGGCCAUAUCGUUAUUGAUGGCAAUGCCGAUUUCCGUGUAACCAAUGUUCAGGUUUAUGCUGGCUACGUUUUGCAUACUGGUUUCUUAGAAUACGGCAAUCUUAACGUCGGUGAUAAGGUCACCUGUGAGUAUGAUGAAAUUCGUCGUUGGCACUUGAUGAACAAUCAUACCGUUACCCAUGUUUUGAACCUUGCCCUCCGUAAUGUUCUUGGAGAAGGUAUCGACCAACGUGGUUCUUUGGUUUCUCAAGAAAAGAUGAGAUUUGACUUUUCUUACAAGUCGUCAGUUCCUAUUGAUAAACUUUUGGAAGUUGAAAAUUUCUGCAACGAUCAAAUUAAAAAGAACUUGCCAGUCUAUUCGAAGGAUGUCCCCUUAAAGGACACAAAGGAAAUUAAUGGUUUGCGUGCCGUUUUUGGCGAAGUCUACCCCGACCCAGUUAGACUUGUUUGUAUCGGUGUUGACAUCGAUACUUUAAUAAAAAACCCCAAGAACCCCGAGUGGCAUAAUUAUAGUAUUGAAUUUUGUGGUGGUACUCAUGUUGAUAAAACCGGUGAAAUGAAAGAUUUCGUUAUCCUCGAAGAAAGCGGUAUUGCUAAAGGUAUCCGUCGGAUCGUAUCAGUUACAUCCACAGAAGCUAAUCGUGUUUCGCGCGUCGCUAAUGACUUUGACGCCCGCAUAAAUGAAUUAGAAAAGAUGCCUUUCGGUGCUGCUAAGGAAACCGAAUUGAAGAAGAUAGGCGUAGACCUUUCCAAGCUUACCGUAUCUGCUGUUCGCAAGCAUAAUAUGAGAGAGCACGUUGCCAAAAUUACCAAGCAAUUCCAAGAUCAGGUGAAGGCUGCUAACGCUGCUGAGCAAAAGGAGGCUGUCAACGUGAUAGCUGAAUAUUUUAAGGAGAACCCGGAAGCUCACUUUGUUGUCGCUAAGGUCCCUAUCUCAGCCAAUGCCAAGGCUUUGAGUUUCGCUCUCGCUCAUACAAAGAAAAACCUCAAAGAUAAGAGUGUUUACCUUGUGGCUUCUGAUAAUGUAAAGGUUGCUCAUGCUUGCCUUGUUUCCAAUGAGGCUUUGCAAAAGAUCACUCCUCAAGAAUGGUCUCAAAAGGUUUGCUUACAAAUUGGAGGACGUAGUGGUGGUAAAGGUGAUACUUGUCAAGGUGUUGGUGACAAGGCUGAGAAUGUUGAUACCGCCAUCGAAGAAGCUAUUGAAUUCUUCCAAGGUAAAUUGACUUUGUAG